AUGCUGUUUACUGUGCAACAUAUCUGCAACCAGGGCAUGCACGGUGACGGUGCUCCUCCCAUGCCCUUGCCUUUGAGGAGCAGGGCCUGGAUGCUGGUCGUCAGCUUGGCCACCAGUCUGCGCAUGGACGAGGGGCUCGGGCGCCAAUCAUUUGCAUGA